UGCCUGUCUCCUGCUGCUCUGCCUCUAUGGGAAGGCUGCCACCAUGAGGGACUUCUACAAGAUCCUGGAGGUGGCCUGCAGCACCUCCCUCAAGGACAUCAAGAAGGCCUGUCAGAAACUGGCGCUGCAGCUCCAUCCUGACAAGAACCCUGACAACCCCUGGGCACAGAAGUUCCAGGACACGGCUACCUAUAAGGUGCUGUCAGAUGAGAAGAGGAAGCAGCAUAAUGUGUAUCGUGAGGAGGAAUUGAAGGAUGGGCACCAGAGCUCCCAUGGAGACAUCUUCUCACACUUCUCUGGGGACUUUGGAUUCAUGUUUGGAGGUAACCCUUGCCAACAAGACAGGAACAUUCCCCAAGGAAGAGACAUCACUGUGGUCCUGGAGGCAUUUGAAAAGGUGUAUUCAGAAAACUUUGUAGAAGUUGUCAGGAACAAGCCAGUGGCAAGACAGGCACCUGGCAAAUGGAAAUUAAAUUGCCAGCAGGAGGUGAGCACCACCCAGUUGGGUCCUGGAUGUUUCCAGAUGACUCAUGAACUUGUUUGUGAUGAAUGUCCAAAUGUUAAGCUUGUGAAUGAGGAGCAAACACUGGAAAUGGAGAUAGAGCCAGGUCUGGGGCGUGGUAUGGAGUAUCCCUUCAUUGGUGAAGGAGAACAAAAAACUCACUGGAGAGGAGAGAGGAGAUAA